CUUGACCAAGAACCAUCAGCACCCUGUCCACGACCAACACUCUUUACUUCUUUCUCUACUGAUAAUGGUUCGGCAAUACAGUCAACUUCAUCAGAAAUAUGUCCCUCAAACAUCCGAGCCCCACAAAUAUGAAUCUGUCCUUUCGCGUCUCAACGAUUCAUCUGGGAGACUCAAUAAACAAUACCCCAGGAGCUCUACGCCUUCCAAUGUUCGCUCAAUCAAGUCCUAUGCCCAGGACACCGACCUUGACACUGCGAACUUCUUUCGCGACUUUGACAACCAUACACGCGACAGUAGUCGUAUGACACGUCAAGAAAACCUCGACGAUGACGACGACCUGGAGAACUGGGACGAGGAGACUACCAUUGUUGCUAUGCUGCAGGACGACUUCUCCGACGACGACGAGAAGGAGGAUCUCGCCGCUUUGGCCGAACAAUUGCGCGCACCAAUGGCUACUCAAGGACAGCAUCUCAAACAGCAUAUGAGAGACUCCGUGAUCCCUGCAAUACAACAGGUCAAGAAAGUGCACGAGAUCUUGGAUGACGAAGUCGACCUUGCGUUCGGUGCCGGUCUGCUUGCAUUUGAUGAAGUCUGUAAACGCGUCGAAGCCAUGACUUUACGUGACGAAGACGAGCUAAAGGACCAGUACAUCCAGAUGCAGAAGAAUACCAAGAACCUCCUUACCCAGCUCGAGUCAGCAUACAAUCGUCGGGAUCAAUUAUGGGUCAAACUCGAAGAGGACCUUUCGCAAUGCGCCGAUGGUGCUAAGACCGCCGUCGAAUCCCUCCCAGUGGAAAUUGAAGAGACCAUUGUGCGACUGGAGAAGAAAUGCAAGGACAUGGAGAAGAAAGGAAACAGCGCAGCUUCGAAGCAGAAAAUGUUGAAAGGACUUCUUGAACGCCUUUGAAUUGACCGUUGAUGGGAAGUUUGUUUUCCAAAUGAUAUAUCAUCCUCUGCUUAGGCUGCUGCUUGACGCUGCUACUGUACGUGUAUUCUGUGGCUCUAUUCUAUUCUUUGGUACAGAGGAUCCUUUUCAAGUUUCCG